UCCCUCUCUGCUGCAACGUGGGGUUUCCCAGCGCUGACUGCAGGGUUACCGCGCCCAUCUCAUCGCUCGGUGGCCGGACAAGAGUGUUACUACGGAAAGGGCAGAUGUUAAGCUCGGCAAAAAGGAGACAGUAGGCUGUCUUGUUGGGUGAGCUUUAGUGAAUUUAAAGAUUGGCUUUUUAUCUGCCUGGGCAGUGCCUUCAUUAAAGGGCUAUAGUGGGUGUGAUUCCCCCCUCUCCGUCCCCUCCCCUCUCCGGUUGGUUGACUGAGGUUGUCAAGCUCCCCCAGCCGUAGCCUGCGUUCGGGAAGGGCUACUCCUCGGAAAACUACGCUAGCUGGCUUAAGCUAGUUAGUAAGCUAGCGUUGUGGUGUUCGUUGAUGCGUGGAUCGGAGAUACACACCGUCCCGUGUUCCAGUCAAUGCCCAAACACAAAAACAGGCGCAAAUUGAAUCAGAGCAACAAGUGCCCGUGGUAGCUGGAGUAAGGUAAUUGAAAAAGCAGAAUAAAAUGAGUGAACUGGACCAGUUACGCCAAGAGGCAGAGCAGCUCAAGAAUCAGAUCAGAGAUGCCAGGAAAGCAUGUGCAGAUGCCACACUAUCACAGAUCACAGCUAACAUUGACCCCGUUGGCCGAAUCCAGAUGCGUACAAGACGAACGCUGCGGGGCCAUUUGGCUAAAAUAUAUGCCAUGCAUUGGGGAACAGAUUCUAGGCUCUUGGUCAGUGCCUCUCAAGAUGGCAAACUUAUUAUUUGGGAUAGCUAUACCACAAAUAAGGUUCAUGCCAUUCCACUUCGAUCUUCCUGGGUCAUGACUUGCGCAUAUGCGCCUUCAGGAAACUAUGUGGCCUGUGGUGGCUUAGAUAACAUCUGUUCCAUCUACAACCUGAAAACACGUGAGGGGAAUGUACGUGUGAGCCGUGAGCUCGCUGGACAUACAGGAUACCUGUCCUGUUGUCGCUUUCUUGAUGACAACCAGAUUGUUACAAGCUCUGGAGAUACCACUUGUGCACUUUGGGACAUUGAGACUGGCCAGCAGACAACCACAUUUGCCGGACACACCGGUGAUGUCAUGAGCCUGUCACUGGCCCCUGACUCAAGGUUAUUUGUCUCUGGUGCUUGUGAUGCCUCUGCUAAACUCUGGGAUGUUCGAGAGGGCAUGUGCAGACAGACAUUUACUGGCCAUGAGUCUGACAUUAAUGCCAUCUGUUUUUUCCCUAAUGGAAAUGCCUUUGCCACGGGCUCUGAUGAUGCCACCUGCAGGCUGUUUGAUCUGCGUGCUGAUCAGGAAUUAAUGAUCUAUUCUCAUGACAAUAUCAUAUGUGGCAUCACCUCUGUGGCAUUCUCAAAGAGUGGCCGCCUUCUUCUGGCAGGAUAUGAUGACUUUAACUGCAAUGUGUGGGACACACUAAAAGCUGAUCGUGCUGGUGUGUUGGCUGGACAUGACAACCGCGUUAGCUGCCUGGGAGUUACUGAUGAUGGCAUGGCAGUUGCAACAGGAUCCUGGGACAGUUUUCUGAAGAUCUGGAAUUGAAGCCUGAAGAUGUUCAUUUAACUCCAAAGUUGACUGGAAGACCAUUACAACUUGAGAAUGUUCACAGCAUCUUCUUCAACACUGUUUAAACUGACUUGGACACCACAAAAACGAAGGGAAACCAAUGCCUUUCCUACACAAAGAAGAGCACAAUUGUUUAUCACCUAGUUAAGAAAGGAUCUCCUGUGGUAUCAAAUCCGAAACUUGUGCAUUCCUUCUUGGACCAUUUUAUGUUACCUUGAAAGAGAAAACAACACUAUCAUCCCAUGCAAAUGUGUGCGUCUUGAAAGCAAAUGUUGGAGUGUAAUUGUACAAAUUAUUUAACUUUUUUCCUUUUUUUUUUUUUUUUUUUUGUUCUCUGUCCUUUUUUUUUUUUUUUUUUUUUUUUUUUUUUUUUUUUGUUAAAGAUUUCUAUUCUGAUGGUUUGUUAUUCUUGAUGGCUUUCUUUUUUUUUCUUCUUUUUUUUUUGUUGUCAUAUUUCUUUAGUGGUUUUAGAUAUGUUUGAAUUACAGCUUGUCUUUCUAAUCCAGGUAAAUCAUAUAAGACAGAUGAGAAAAACAUGCAGAAGUAAAAAGCUUGGAUCAUAUUACACGAGCAGCUUUCAAAAUGUCCAUGAUGUAUUUAUAUACUAGCUGUUUUUGUUUCAUCACAGCCUUUUGCACAUGAAGCUUUGCCUCUCAACUAAUACUGUGUUAACUAACCAAGCACAUGCUAUAAGUUAUGAAUGCUCAUUCCAGUACAGAAAGAGUUAUUACCAGUAAAUUAUCCAGUUAACCCCCUUAAUUCUUGUACAUGCCUUUGACUUUUGGUGGGAAGGGUUUGGUUUAGGGUGCUGAGGUAACUGAGGCAUGGCUCGAUUUUACUAUAUGAAAGGGGGAUUUGUGUUUCGUAUCCACUUUGAGUGAAACACCUCACCUGACAUAAUAGACACUUCCUUUGCUUGGGACUGCAGUUGCAACUCUGUGAAUGAAAUGUACAAAAUCAAUGUCUGAAAAUAAUGGUCUGUUUUAAGUUAAGACAUUUAAUUUUGUCUGCCAUGAGUUAAUUUAGAUGUGCAUGCUGUAGACUUGCUUUCAAUGGUGCAAAAAUCCUAGAUUUUUCUUGUUUCCAAAAAGGAGAGUAACCUGUUGAUUGAACUUAAUAGAGGCCAAUUUAUUUUUGGCUCAAACUCUGCAUACAUACAUCAUGUACUAAUACUGGUAACGCUAUGCACCAGAGUGAGCAAGAAUGGAAACAGACUUAUUAUUGACUGCAUACUUAAUGUAAAUUAUGCUUACCAGUUCUAUUGAUGCCAAUUUUGUAAUAAUUAUAACAAUCAUUGUGAGAAAUCUAUCCUUGAAAAGUCCUUCUCUCUCCUUCAAAUCUUCACACACACACAAUGGAACAAAAAUGUCCUCACACAGUUUUUUUUUUUUUUUUUUUUUUUUGUCCCCCCCCCCCCCCCCUUUGGUCUUAAAUUGGAACAUCUGAAUGACAACAUUUUCACUGUAUACAGAAGCACUUUUGUUAAAGUUGUGACAUAUUUUCACUUUACUUUCUUUUCUUCUUUUUUUUUUUUUUUUUUUCCUUUCUGCGAUGAUGUACAAUAAAUGUGAUGUAUUAGUGUGUGGCCACAAGUGAAAAUGCAAUUCAACUGAGGUGGAUUCCCUUUUCUCUUUCCAUUAAUAUUAUAGAGCUCUGCACCCUUAUGUACCUAUUCACAUUUUGUAUUUCAUUUCGGUCUGUUGGUGUUCCACGGUGAGCUGGAUGCAAGAUAGAUACUGUACUAAAUUGUACUGUUAUUGAUUGGAAAAUGUAAUAAAAAGCUGUUUGAGAUCUC